CGGAUCUACAGCCAAUAGGGCAUCGACUCAUUCGCUGUGGCUUCCGUCACGUAGCAUCGGCUAGCUUGCGGUCUGGUUCCCAAACACCAGUAAAGAUGGACUCUCCCAUACUGGAGCCCUCCCUGUAUACCGUCAAGGCUGUUCUCAUUCUGGACAACGACGGAGACAGACUGUACGCCAAGUACUAUGAUGACACGUACCCGACAGUGAAGGAGCAGAAAGCAUUUGAGAAGAACAUCUUCAACAAAACCCACCGGACAGACAGCGAGAUCGCGCUCCUGGAAGGUCUCACCGUGGUCUACAAGAGCAACAUCGACCUCUUCUUCUACGUGAUAGGCAGCUCGCAUGAAAAUGAGCUCAUGCUGAUGGCUGUUCUCAACUGCCUGUUUGACUCCCUGAGUCAGAUGUUGAGGAAAAACGUGGAGCGCAGAGCACUGCUGGAGAACAUGGAGGGUCUGUUCCUGGCUGUGGAUGAGAUCGUGGACGGCGGGGUGAUUCUGGAGAGUGACCCUCAACAAGUGGUUCAUCGUGUGGCCCUCAGAGGGGAGGACGUGCCUUUGACCGAGCAGACCGUCACCCAGGUCCUCCAGUCGGCCAAAGAACAGAUCAAGUGGUCCCUGCUGCGAUAGUCUCCCUCAUUCCUCAUCCCGCCCGCACUGAAGCAGACUAAAUCAAAGCUGUGAGGAGAAUCCCUCUUUUCUUUUUGCACAUACUUGCGUCGUGUAACUUCACCUGGACAAUAAAAGUACAUUCCGGGGGAGCUGCUGGUUCCACCAUCCCACCAGACUGAGAUGCGUCAUCCAUGCAACAUUCCAGCACGUCUUCUCCGCUGUCACUCCUGUGGACCGUGUGUCGGCUCUGUAACCAUGGUGUCAGUUCAAUAAACCACUAUGCUCCGUGACAACCCUGGA